AUGAUGAGCGUUUCGACGCCAUUUUGGUCCUUCCGCUCGACCACGCAGUCAACUAGUGCUGCCAAACACAUCCACUAUCCCAACUUCCGUGACGUGGCGAUUUUUGUUGUCAUAUUCGAGGUCCGCAAAGAUCAUUCCACUUGGCAGGCUGUGACUAUCGCGGAUUUCUUGCCGGAGAGCAAGGAGUUUGUUUCAUUUCGGCGAUGCCUGUCCGCUUCUCGGGUGCAGGUUGAGACCGCGAGCGCAUAUGACGAACGAAGUCGAUAUCUGGCUUGUCUGGUGACCAUUCUUGUAAAUGCUUCUCGCAAUAUCGACUGUCACAAGAAAUGGACUUGA